AUGUCUACCAAAGAUCAGAGCGAACCCAACAAGCUAGAAACACGAGGUCUUCUUGCAGGAGCAGCAGCAGCUUUUGUCGCAGGACUGGGAGGGGCAGUCUGGCAUACUAAACGCAAACAAGCGAAAGAAGCGGCAUCAGCCUCCAUGAACAAUACUAUUGCUACAACCCCUUAUCCAUCAUUACAACAAUCUACCGUUUCGCCACAACUUCAACCACAACGAGCAGUAAAUCAGCAACCGAUACCACCCUCAAUGACGCCGGAAGAAUAUGCAGUAUCCAAGCGACAAGCGAGAUUCUUUGCCUUCAAAGCACUUGGAUACGGAACGUUGUUGGCGUUGACGGGGGCUGGUGCUUUGUCACUCGCAGUGGGAUGGUGGCUUGAUGUGGGUAAUUUUAAAGAGUUUUCCGAUAGACUGCAUGAAAUAGUUCCAGUACAGACGAGACGGCUACGACGAAUGUUGGGUGGAUCUGAAUUUGUCUUAAAACCAGGGGAGAAAGAGGAAUUAGAUAGGGCAUUGGAAACGGAAGAAUGA